AUGACAGCACUUAGUGUUGACACAGAAGAACAAGUAUGGAAUAAUUAUAAUCUUUUUACAUCAACAAAAGAAAGUGCCGAUGAAGAAAUAAUUAAAUUUCAAGGAAAUAUUCCUGAAUGGUUAAAAGGCAAUCUAUAUCGUAAUGGUCCAGGAGCACAUGAAAUCAAUGAUGAUCCAAAAACAACUUUCAAUCAUGCAUUUGAUGGAUUUGCUUUUAUUCAAAAAUAUAAUAUUGAUGGUUCAUCACAAACAGUUGGUUUUCGUGGUUCAUUUGUAAAAUCACGUACAUAUACUGAAUCAAUUAAAAAUGGUUCUUUAAAAACACGACAAUUCGGUACAGAUCCAUGUAAAUCAAUUCUUGGUCGAUUUCAAAAUUUAUUUUUUGGUCGAGAUUCAACUACACAUACCGAUGAUACAGGUGUUACAGUUCAAAUGGUACAAAAUGAAUUAUUAGCACUUACAGAAACAACAACAGGUAAUAUACUUGAUCCGGAUACACUUGAACAUCUUGGAGCACUUGUAACUUUACCAUAUGGUCGACCAAAAGAUUCUCCAAUAAUAUCAAUGGCAACAGCUCAUGUUAUGCAUGAUAAUAAACGAAAAAUGACAGUUGGUUAUGGUAAUCGAAUGACAAACAAAGGAAAUUUUCUUGAUAUUGUUUUUAUACCAGAUGAUAUAUCUGAUGAAGUUCCUAAAGUAAAUGAUGAUGAUAUGGAUGAAUUAAUAUCUCGUAGUCGUUAUUUACUUUAUUUAACUGAUAAUAUAAGUGAACGUGGUAAAAAUUAUAAUCGUCGUAUUAAAGCAACAACAAAAUCAUUUCGUUUUCCAUGUGAUCAUGUAUGUUAUAUGCAUUCAGCAUCAAUAAGUGAAAAUUACUUAAUUUUAACGGAAAUUCCAUAUCAUUUUAAUAAAUUUUAUGGUCUUUGGUAUAGUGUUACCGGUGGUUCAGUAACACAAAUGUUUAAAUGGAAUGGUGAAACAAUGCCAACUUAUUUUCGUAUUAUUAGUUUAGAUACCGGUGAACAAAUUGCAUAUAUUCCUGGUCCAGCAUUUUUUCAAUUUCAUCAUAUUAAUUCUUAUGAAUGUGAAAAUAAUAAAAAGAAAAUUACGGUUGAUAUUUGUGCAUUUGAUGAUCCACGAAUUAUUGAUGAAUUUACUUUAAAUAAUUUACGUGAAAAUAUAUUUCCAUCCGGUGCCGGUUAUGUUCGACGAUUUGAAGUAGAUUUAGAUGCUAAUACAUGUAUUGAACCAAAUGCAAAUGCAAGAGAACCGAAAGGAAUUCAUGCUAACAGUCAUGCACAUAGUCUUAUACCAAUUCAAUUUGAAUUACCACGUAUUAAUCCAAAUUUUACUGGAAAAAAAUAUCAAUAUGUUUAUGCUGUACGAGCACCACCAGGUCGAAUAUUUGAUGGAAUAAUUAAAUUAGAUGUUCAAACGAAAGAAGUCAUAGCUGUAUGGGAAGAACCAUGUACCUCACCGAGUGAACCAAUUUUUGUUCCAAGAUCCAAUGAUGAAGAUAGUAAAGAAGAUGAUGGUGUUAUAUUAUCAGUUGUAUUAGAACAAAAAGCUAAACGAUCAUUUUUAAUUGUACUUGAUGGUAUUACAUUCAAAGAACUUGCUCGUGCUUAUCUUCCGGUGCAUAUACCUUUAUCAUUUCAUGGCAAUUUUUAUUAA